CGAAGCAGUUUCAAUUCGAACGCUGGCCGCAUACGGUGUAUCGUGGAAUAAAAAAAAAGAUCUGUCAAUAUCAAAACGCGCGCGCUUUUCGAAUUUAUAUUUUUUUAAGUGCUCAGAAAAUUUAGUGUCUGUUCCAUUUAAAAUUUUCAGGAAUUACAUAUUGAAUUGAAAUUAAAAGUGUAAGUGCUUUGAAAGUAGAAGGAAGUGAAACUUUUUCGUUAUUUGUUGACAUGAAAAUGCGCGCCAACUGAACUGUCAAAAAGAACAACAUCAAGAUGGCGACGCCGGCCGUAGUGGUCGAACGGGCAUGCAAGUACUACGGUCGAAAGGACAGCAAUGAUUACAAACCUGUACUGCAGAACUUGGACAUGACCGUCGAGAAGGGUAUUAUUUACGGUCUCCUGGGCGCAUCGGGGUGCGGAAAAACUACCCUCCUUUCUUGUAUUGUGGGUAGACGGAAACUCGAUAGCGGCGAAGUGUGGGUACUUGGUGGGAGACCUGGCGAGAAGGGCAGUGGGGUUCCCGGACCUAGGGUAGGGUAUAUGCCACAGGACAUAGCCCUAGUUGCCGAAUUCACAAUCCGCGAUGCUAUCUAUUACUUCGGGCGUAUUUAUGGCAUGAAGACGGAACAGCUCCACGAUCGCUUCAAGUUCCUCAGCGACCUCCUGGAGUUACCAAGCCCUGGGAGGUUCAUUAAGCAGUUAUCUGGUGGUCAGCAACGGCGGGUUUCCUUGGCUGCUGCCCUGGUUCAUGACCCGGAAUUGUUAAUUCUGGAUGAACCGACUGUUGGCCUGGAUCCUAUGCUGCGAGAGAAAAUUUGGAAUUACCUAUCAGAACUAGCUACAAAGGGAACAACAGUGAUAAUAACCACGCAUUAUAUCGACGAAACGAAACAAGCUCAUAAGAUUGGUCUUCUCCGAGAUGGUCAGUUAUUAGCCCAGGAUGCGCCUGAUGAAAUACUACGGAGAUAUUCGUGUACCACCCUUGAGGAGGCGUUCCUCAAAAUGGCCGUCGCGCAAAACGAAAACUUACGCACAAACAGACGGCGAUCUACCCUAACUUCCUCUUCCCCUGACGUCAUACCGGACAACACCUUAUCAAAUGACAGCCGAUUCCACUCCACCGAAGACUUCUCCAUCGUCACAAGUAGUCGAGAUGUACUCACGAAAAAAGACAAUCACAUGGAGUUGAAGAGUAAAAAAAAGGGCAGAUACAAAGCGGUUUUUAUUAAAAGCAUUCAACAGUUUUCGCGGCAUCCGGGCGGGUUGAUAUUCUCAGCGCUCUUCCCGAUCAUACAGGUGGUAGCAUUCUUCAGUGCGGUGGGACACGACCCUAAGGACUUGCAUCUCGCUAUUGUUAAUGAUGAGGCUGCUUCAGUGCCAAUGGGUCUAGAUCUAUGUAGGAACGAUAACCUGACACGAGUAAUGAUUAAUGAAGACGGAUCAUGCGACUACUUUAUGCUAAGUUGCUGGUUUCUGGACGAAAUGGAAAAACGAAAUUUGAUGGUGUCCUACUACAACAACACCCACGAAGCUAAGGCAGCCGUGGCCAGCCUCAAGACAUACGGCGCGAUAUACUUCCCCGCCAACUUCAGCCAUUCGCUCGCACUACGCGUCGCCGAUGGAUAUGUGGAGGACGACAUUGUUGAAGACGGCACUAUCAGCGUGUGGCUCGAUAUGACAGAUCACCAGAUCUCCAACUACCUGAAGCGGCAGUUACAUAAAACCUACGAAUACUUUACGAAGAGGACGAUGAAUGCUUGCGGGCUGAACGAAGAUCUCGUUCAGAUUCCAGUGCGUUUCAAAACACCAAUCUUCGGUUCAUUGGAACCAGAGAUGGUUAGUUACAUGGCCCCUGGAAUUAUGGUCACGAUAAUCUACUUCCUGCCCGCGAUCGUAACAUCGACGCUGAUGAUCUCGGACCGGCUCGAGGGCGUGUGGGAGCGCAGCGCGGUGGCGGGCGUGCAGCCGCGCGAGAUGCUGCACGUGCACAUCGCGCUGCAGGCCGCCGUCAUUGUGAUGCAGACGAUAGAAAUGAUGGCGCUCGCGUUCAUGGGCUACAGCCUCCCAUUCAAAGGCUCGUUCCUCACGUGCGGCAUACUGCUCUUCCUGCAAGGCGUCGGCGGGAUGUGUUACGGCUUCCUGCUGUCCGUGCUCUGCCCGAGCUAUACGCUAUCGUUCUUUGUGGCCACUGGCAGCUUCUAUCCGAUGGUGCUGUUGUGUGGUAUCCUAUGGCCGCUAGAAGCGAUGCCAAUCGGUCUCCGUUACAUCGCAAUAGCUUUACCAUUCACAAUUCCCUCAAAAACGCUCAGAGACUUAAUGGAAAAAGGAUCCAGCAUCACAGAGUUCAACGUUUACUUUGGCUUCAUCGUGACAAUAUUAUGGAUCGGAAUUAGCCUUUCGAUAUGUUUCCUUAAACUUAAAUAUAAGAAAACGUAAAUAGGUAAUCUGUGUUUAUUAUGGUUCAAAGAAUCUGUAUCAUAUAUAGUCUGCGGACAAUUUUCAUCUGCAAUAAAGUAAGUCUGUGAUCUAUUUGACAGCUCACAAAGAAGUUUUUUUUUUUCAAUAUGUAGGUAUUUUUUUAUUUUAAAUGGGUUUUGACUUGCUAUAGGCAGUGGUGGCAUACAUUUGGAAUACUUUAGCAUUUAAAUAGAUAAGGAGCUAAAUUUUUGUUGCUGUAAAUAGCUUUGCUUUUUUGUUACUGUUAAGCAAAUUUGUUUUUUCAAUAAAAAUGACAAUGUCACUUUGUAUAAUGUACUGAUAGGAAUUACUGUAAAAGCUUCAAAUAAUUUUAAUGAUUUCUGUUUAAUUUGUAUUAUCUAUCUAUGUAAAUUAACUAGACGAAAGGAGGUAGAGGAAGGAGUGCGACCUCUCAUAAAGAAGUGUUCGCUAAAAAGUAUGAAACUAGGGUGGCGCCACUGUAGCAAGUGUCAGAUUUUUAUAUCAUACAUAAUAUCUUCAACGGGUAAUACACUUCACUCUGUCUUGUUUGCUAACUUCAUGUCAUUCCAUGAACUCUUGUCACUAGCGCCACUGUGGUCAAGUCUCGAACUAUUAUUUCUCUUUUCAUAUCCUGUCCAUUAUAAAGAUUGUCCUCCUUCCUCUACAGUUUCUACUAAGAUUUGUCCUUGUUUUUAAUAGUUGGUUGUUGUUUUAAAUAAUAAGAUGGCUAAGAUAAAAUUUUAAUAACACUGUCUUCGCCUAUUUUCAAUGUAUAUUGUGAAGUUUUUAAAUUUAAAUACAAUGGCAUUUAACAAUUAAGAUAGUUUUGUUAAGAAAAAUGUGUCGGAAAACAUUGCUCAAAUAUGUAAUUAGAUACGACUUAUUAAUGAAUUAAAUUAAGUGUAUUUUCUUAGUAAAAAUAAUAUUGCAUCUGUAAGGGUCUUGUGAUAUGCACUAUGUGAUUUAGGGGUAUUUAUGAAUAAAUACUUUUUAUAAU